AUGUCGUCUUCCGUCGUCCUCGCCGGCGGGCAGGUCCACGUCCAUCUCGCGUGCAGCGAGUGCUCCUCGACAGCCUGGUCGCAUCAACAGAUCGCGACCCUGGCCGAGCAGAUCGCGCAGCGCGUCGCAUCCCUCCCCGGCAGGUCUGCGACUCCCAUACAGCUCAAGCCGGAAGUCCCGGGCCCGUCAAUGAGGGAAACACCGACGCCAUCACUUGGGAAAAACGGUCCGAGAACGAGAACAGGCUGCUUCACGUGUCGUGGCAAGCGUGUCAAGUGCGACGAGGCAAAGCUCAAUGUCCGACCAACGAAACCCGGUGCCCGCGCGCGCCCCGAUCGUGUCCUCGCCAAGCUCUGGGAGGCGCAGAUGUUCGUCUCCGCUUCGGGAGAGUUCAACCCCGCCGCUGCCGGUCGGCAGGCGACUGGGCACGCGGCGCUCGCGAAUGCGCUUGUCAGCGCGACCCGGAGCCUCGGUGCCGUCAAGCGCGCGUUUUCGCAGAUGAAGCCAACGGCCGUGCAUGCCGAGAUGUUCGCGGCCUCGCGGCAACUGGCCUCCGACGCCGCCUCGGUCAUCGUCGGUGCGAUUCGAGGGACGGCCCUCAAUGACCCCGAAACGAUGUGCAUCCUCUUUGAACUGUUCCUGAUGCGUGAUGUGAGUGAUGCGCUUUGCAUAGAAACUGACGCACAGUGCGCCAGCGGCGAUCCGGAAUGGAACAAGACGCACCAGCUGCUUCGUGAAUACCUCAUUCACACCGGCGGACCUCAGCGGCUACUGGAGAACGACCGCGCGGCUCUGCUCGGCAACAGCAUCUUGGAGGACCACUUGGUAUAUCUGACGGUUUACGACACCUUUGCGGCACUGACAACGAAUGUCGAACCGCUCAUGCUCGCGCCAGGUCACACGCGGUGGAUCGAGGAUGUGACGUGCGCUCAGCAGGUGGUGCAUGCCGACUUCGGCUUCAGUCUCAAGAUUCUGUCCACCGUGGCUCAGCUCGCAACACUACUCGCACACAAGCCGUACGGUACACCGGGAAGCAUCGCGAGCGACGCGGAGAGCGACGGCGCCUACGUCCGCGCAUGUCGCGCCCUCAACGAGGAGCUGGAGACGGACACGCUCGCCACGAUAUACAGCACGACAGCACCGACGCGUGUUCAGUUCGGCGACCUGCUUAUUCGACACGCCCUCAUUUGUCACCUGCGCCGCAUUGCGCUCGGGCGAUCGCGUGACGACGAGCGCAUCCAAGCCUCUGCGGCUGCCAUUGUCGAACUCCUCGUUGAAGUGUCGGUCCGCACCGGCUCCAUGAUCAACCUCAACUACCCCAUCAUUGUCGCCGCAGGCCUCAUUCCGCCCGAAGAGCGCGAGCGCAUGCAGACUAUCAUCGACUUUGUCCGACUUACGAGCUGCCUCCAGGAGGUGUACCGUUUGGAAGAAGUGAGGUCGAUUUGGUUUACCCGGAAUCUUGCUGACGAAGCCAGAUUGUGCACGACUGCUGGCGGCGGAUGGAGAAUGGCGAGGACGUCCGCAUGA